UUGCAGUCCAGAGAAGCGCUUCUAAAAAAAUAUGAUCCUGUCCAGGUUGGAUAUUUGUCGGAGCAAUGUAUUGCUGUAGACGAAGAUGACAACAUAGUAGGAGGAGUGGCGAAAGGUGAUGCUCACCGAGCGGAUACUUUGGGUCUUCAUCGAGCUUUCAGUCUUUUCGCAUUCACACCAGAGAAGAAGUUGAUAUUGCAGAAGAGAAGCGCGGAAAAGAUCACCUUUCCUUUAUUAUGGGCCAAUACCUGCUGUAGCCACCCACUUUUUACGAAUGUCGAGCUCAAUGGAGGUCCAGGUGCUGUCGCAGCCGCCGUUAGGAAAGUUGAGCAUGAACUGGGUGUGGUGGAUUUGAGUCCAGAGGAAUGUCGUGUGAUGGGACGCUUUCUCUACAAGGCUGUGAUGAAGGACUCGUUGUGGGGUGAGCAUGAACUUGAUUAUGUUGUGAUUACACGUGAUUUGUCGCUCAGUCGUCUUACUCCUAAUCCAUCUGAAGUGAGCGAUGUAAGAUUAGUC